UGACAUGAGGGAAAUCCAAAGUGACCCUAUUUUUUGGUACUGUUUUGUGGGUUUUGAGUUUUGACUAAAGAGAGAGAAAAAAAGAGAGAGAGAGAAACACCUUGUGCUGCUGUAGUAUCUUCUUCCUUCCCCUUCUUCUUCUACUGUCAUUUUCCCAUAUAUACUCUCGAGGAAAACAAAACCCAAAUCCACCUGUUUUCCUUCCCAUACCUCUCUGGAUUUUUUUGUUUUUUUUUCUUCUAAUUUUUGUUUAAUUUAAUUAUUCCCCUUUUAAAAUUCCAUAUUCCCUUCUACCUCACUCUUAACAACAACAAUCUCUAUCUCUAUCUGUCUCUCUCUUACCUCUCGCCACAUUAUUCACAAUCUCUUGAUGAGCAUGAGCAUGUUUGUUUGCAAAAAUUUCAAAGACUCACUGCUACCUAGUUAGCUCCUUUUGCUUCUUAGCUUAAUUUCUCUCUCUCUCUCUCACCACUCUUUCCUUCACUUCCUUUAAGCUUCUUCAAUCCUCUUUAAGUUUUCAAUAGGUUGGCCUAUGAGUUAGCUUUCCAGAUUCUUUUCUUGGGAGAAAGAUUAAGAAAACAUAAAGGAAAAGAGAAGGAGCUGGUGAAGAUAACAAAGGGAUUGUUAUGUUACAGUUACACAGUAGUACUACUCUCCUCAUCAUCAGGUUGUGAAUAUUGCACUUUUAAUUAGCCUUGUGUCUUGUCUCUCCUGAGCAGUAUCAAAAUCUGAUAUCAUUUUAAUAAAGGAAAAAAAGAAAAGAAAAAGAAAAGCUGUUUCAUAGGAUAUAUAUUUUGUAUGCAUCAAGCCAUAUCCCAUAAAGAAGAUGACCUUGGAGGGGAUUUUCAUUGAGCCCACCUCAACCACUACUGCUCCUGAUCUUUCUCUUCACAUAAGCCCCCCAACCAUCUCUUCCUUGAAUUCCAAUUAUGAACCCCAUGAAAGUAAUUUCCCUUCAAGAACUACUACUGUGUCUCAACAAGCCCACACAGAACUCUCUCUUGGAAGAAAUUUCACUUCUGAAACACCAAUACCAACACCACACAACCCUUAUUAUCAAAGCCAAAACCAUUUCCAUCAUCUUCACCACCACCACCACAACAACAACAACACUAGUACUAGUGUUAAUACAACAAGUGUUGUUACAAGUACUACCAGUACUACUCCCUUGAAUCACAUAAACUAUGGAGUUUCAUUGCUUGAUGUGUCAUCAUCAGACACCUUGAGGCCAAUCAAGGGGAUUCCUGUGUAUCACAACCGUUCAUUCCCUUUUGUGGCGACCAUGGACCAUGCUAGAGACAACUUAAACAACAACAACAACAACAACAAGGAUCAUUACCAUCACCACAAGAUGUGCUUAUAUAAUCAUCACAACAUGCCUUCUUAUCCCUCUCUCUCUUCCUCCACAGCUACUCCUUCUCCUUCACCUUACUUUGUGGAUCCCAUGUCCCUCUUGAACAACGGCUCCACCAUGGCGGCGUGUAGGGCUGCCACGGCCACAAGGUUUAAUGGGUUCUCCGGCGAUGCUUUCAAAUCUCAUCAUCCAUUGCACCAAUAUGGGGUCGGCCCUUCAGAAGCCUCUUCUGGGUUCAUGAGAUCAAGGUUUCUGCAGAAGCUUCCCAACAAGAGGAGCAUGAGAGCACCCAGAAUGAGGUGGACAAGCACCCUCCAUGCGAGAUUUGUUCAUGCGGUUGAACUUCUUGGUGGCCAUGAAAGAGCUACUCCAAAAUCAGUUCUUGAGCUCAUGGAUGUGAAGGAUCUAACACUAGCUCAUGUGAAGAGCCAUUUGCAGAUGUAUCGAACUGUUAAGACCACUGACAAGCCUGCGGCAUCUUCAGGCCAUUCAGAUGGGUCUGGAGAGGAUGAUUUGUCUCCGAUGGUUAGCACCGCCGAUCGUGGUGGUCUCCGACAAUUUCCCAACCACAGAGGGCGGCCGGAGUGGGCGGCACAACAAGACAUGGACUACUCUUCCACCACCACUACUCUAUGGAGUAAUUCUUCAAGUUGUGGGGAGUCACGGCUAAGACCUAGUUCUAACGACAUAGAUGGUCUCAGAUCACCUAUCCUCCAUUCACAAACAAUAUCAGGAGGGCAUCAAAUUCAGGAGUGUGAUUCAAUCCAACUCAAGAGCAACAUGCCAGGUUCUAAUUUGGAGUGCAAGAUCCCAAGCUUGGAAUUCACGUUAGGAAGACCAGAUUGGGAUGGCAAAGAACAAGCCUAGCUAAUAAUUUUGAUAAUUGGUUCCCUUGCUUAAUUUCUUUUAAUUUUGCAAUUUAUUUAUAAACCAUGGUGACAACUUCGUCAUCUUAUGAAAUGUAGAGCUAAUUAUUUAGAUAAAUAUAAAUUGGUGUCUAGGAGAGGAAGAAAAGACCCUCCGUGCGUAGUUCUACUUAGCUAGCUUUCGAGAAGUGUUUUUGAGUUCAUGAACAGUUUUGUUUAUAUUUUAUUUUGUUUUUAUUUAUUUGUGAGGAUGAGAAGGAGGGAAAUUAAGAUGUAGCAAUUAACAAGGCUUGAUGAACAAACAGGUGAGAUGCAGCUGCAAAAUGUAGAAGAGCAAUGAGGGAGGGAUAUUGAAACUAGGGGAGGAAUAGAAAAGUUUAAUUCCUUUUUUUUGGAACUA